AUGACUACCCAAUCCGGAAAAGACCCUCUCAGGCGAGAAACUUCAUCUCAUGAACACAAUGAUUAUCUUACCGAAUCCCUAAACGAAUCAACCUCAUCUUCAAGGCGCGACCGUAUUUCCCAGAAAAAAAAAGCAUUGGAAGAAAAACGACACAACUACGAAAAGAAAUACGGAUCUACUACCUCUCAAAAGCCGUCUAGCUCUAAAAUCUCAGGACAGGAUCCACCGCAAAAUAAGUUGGGAAAAAGCUCAAGUUAUGGAUGGGGAGAGAUCAAAGAUUCUCCCGCCGACUCCUCAGAGGGAGAAGGGGGCGUACAUUGGCUCGACGCACUCCUUGCUGAAAAUCUUUCGCCCGCGGAAUUUAGCGAUAGAAUAAAGGAGAGAAAUGCGCAACCCGACCCCGAUAUUGAAUAUCUCAAGCAAUUGAAUGCAGAACUAGAUGCCACAAUGCAACGCCACAAAGAAAAGGCCGCAGAGAUCCUCAAAAAGAAAGAAGAAUUGUCGGCAUUGAAAUCGACGGGGAAACCGCCGAGGAGAGCGGGGCGGCCAGGAGACCGAACUUCGAGUGAAAAUGAGUAUCAGAGGGUGGAGGGAGAGAGAAGUAGAAGAAAGAGAGAAUACGGCGAACCACCUCAACCCUUUGAUUGGUUUACGCCGGAAGUUCGGAACGUGAAUGGAGGGAACGCAAAUGGGUAUGAGGAUAUGGAUGAUUGGGGGAAACCGACCCAUAAAGAAUCCCAGGACCCUGUGAUCCAGGCUGCGGAUGAGGUAGAGCCUACUAAACCUUCAGACUCAGACAAAUCAAAUGAGCAUGAGAAUGCAGAGGAUUGGUGGAAGCCAUUUCAGAGAGCACCUCGGGAACCUGUGACCACGACCCCAAAAGAUCCAGCGCGCGCUAAAUCUUCAACCAAGAGUGUAAAAUGGGGAGAAGGUCUCGGCGCGGGCGGGAAACAUAUACAGCCUUUUGCAGGUGGCCGUCUACCUUUCCACAACGAGCCCGAGAGUCCGAUAGAUGCAGCCGAGAGGCUCGAAAAUCAACUCAGGGCAAACGAGGACUACAAACACAAAUCCAGAUACAAAAGCCCUACAGUUAUGGAUUUUGAAGAGCCACUCGUGUCAAGCAAGCAAUACAAAAUAAAAAAAUCUACACCCCUCCACGACAAAGCAGUCCAAAAUGCUCCAUUACCAGAUCCAUCCGCGGCACGCAUAAACCCUCAUUCUCAAAACGAUCACGCGGGAAAAUUGAGCUGGAUGGAGAUUGCGAUAAUUGUGGUGAUUGGAAUGUUACUGGGAAGAUUGGCACUGACGAUUACAGGUGUUACAUCUGAAAAACAAGAUAUCAGUGGAAGUUUGAAGUGGGGAUUAGGGAAGACUGUUGAAUAA